CGUCUCGAAGCCUUUCCACGCCGCGCGCACGCCCAACGGUCGAGGCAGGGGAGGCCGCGCGCGCUUGAGCAAAGGCCGGGAAAAUAAUGGCGGCGCCCGUCUUGCGAGUGUCCACCCCUCGCUGGGAGCGGAUAGUGCGGCUACUCGUGUGUUUCUCAGGAAUCCUGUUAUCCCUGUACGCUUUCCACGUGGAGAGGGAAAAGACCCGCGACGCCAACUACCGCGCAAUGUGUGACUUGAGCAGCUCCAUCAGCUGCUCCAAAGUCUUCACGUCCAGAUGGGGUCGAGGAUUUGGACUGUUGGGUACCAUUUUUGGGAAGGACAGUGCAGUAAACCAGCCAAACAGUGUCUAUGGAAUCUUGUUUUAUAUCUUUCAACUGUUACUAGGUUUGACGGCCAGUGCGAUGGCGGCUCUGAUUCUCAUGACCACCUCCAUCGCGUCAGUGAUGGGCUCCCUCUACCUGUGCUACAUCCUCUACUUCGUCCUUAAGGACUUCUGCGUCAUCUGCAUCACCACAUACGCACUGAACUUCAUCCUGUUUGUGCUCAACUACAAGCGACUGGUUUACUUGAACGAGGCCUGGAAGCAGCAGCUCCAAGCCAAGCAGGACUAGACACACAAAAACACAGCAAUGACACAAGUAUAGAAGGAUAACCAAUCAUCCAACACGUGGGGAAAAUGGGACUUCUGGAAAAAUCUGUGACUUGUCACCAGGAGACCUUGCUUCCAAACAAAUGUUCAUUCUGUUGUGUGUGUGUGUGUGUGUGUGUGUGUGUGUUAAACAAGGAAAGAAAAUGUGUAUCUUUAGGGGCCACAGAUCACAGGUUCAUUGCAUUGCAAGGAAAGAUUGGAAACCAGAAACACACAUCUUUAUCCGCUUUGAUUUCUCCUUGGUUUUCUUUGUUCCCUGAGAUGAAAAUGAGAUUUGCGUUUUGAUCGAGAGAGAGAGAGCGGUCGGAAAGCACUUACGAAACAAACAGAAGAGGGUGUCCUUUCCCUGAGGAAUAAAAAAAUGUAGGAAACAAUGUGAGAAAUUCUGUUUACUUGAAUCCACUGGGAAAGUGGUUGCUCUUUGGACUGUAUUUAAGGGUUAUAAAGGGUAAACACAAAUGAUCAUGAGGCUAAUGUAACGCUCGCAGACAUGAUUCCACAGAAGUGACGGCUUGCUAUCAUUGAAACGACAAAUAAAGUGUAAUUUGUUU